AGGCGGGAAGGAGUUAUGUAACGCAGUGAUGUUUGAUUUGGUUAGGUAUAAAAAUGCAGUAUACUAAUUAAAAGUAAAAAAAAACACAGAAAUUUAUUAAGUACUUACCAAGUUUCGAACAUAAUAUCAUGUAAGGGCAUAACCAAGUAAGUUGACAGUUGAAUCGAGGAAAGUAGAAAACAAAAUAUGCCCCCAGUAAUUCGACGUAAGACACAACGUGUUCAAAAGACGUUUAGUCAUAAUUCUACCGAAAACAAUUUGGAAUUUGAGGAUGACGACUUUGAAGAAUCAAGAAACGCGAAUUUUCGUAAACGUUGCAAAAUAGAAUACAGCAAUAAAAGCUGUAAAGUAAGCAGACGAAGAAAACCUGUUCUGUGUGAGGUAACUCGGGUACCUGUUAGUGUUAUAACUAGUACUAGUAGUGAUACUAAUAGUAUUGAUACUACUUCUAGUUCUAAUACUAGUUCUUGUCAUGGUAAUAAUAAUUGUAGCACCAGUAGUUACUUUAGAACACGGCAGAGAAUGAAAUGUGAGCCCAAUAGUAUCGGAAAACGUUCAGAUAAGUUACAGACACAAAACAGUGCCACUGAUUCAUCUAAUGUUUUUGCAAUUCUAGAUGAGAAAAAACAAAAAAAAUGCAAUUCAAAUAAGCUUGAAGAAAGUAAUGAUGUAUGCAAGAAAAGCCAAACAGGAGAUGGCUUAUCAAAAGUUAUGGAUUCCAAACAAAUGAUUCAACUUCAAAGUUUCCGAGACUCAAGCUCAGUGCAAAAUGUGAAAACGUGUAUUUCUGAUAAAGACAUUUGGCCAGCGGCAGGAUGGAUGGAAAAGUCCAAUAAUAUCAAUUUGGAACUUAAACACAGAUGUGGCCCCUGCCUAGUUGAGCAGAGCAGUAAUCUUGUUCACAAUUUAGAGCAGAUGAUGAGAGGAUUUUACUUCAACUCCAGAGUAAAAAAGUCAUUCAGAAGACCAAUAAUUGAGAAUUUCUCUCGACUUAAACCUUAUAAAAUGGCUUCACCUUUUGAUAGACGAGUAACAGCAGUAACGUGGCACCCAAAACACCCCAGUGUUGUAGGAGUAGGAUCUAAAGGUGGUGAAGUAAUCAUGUGGAAUUUUGAAAAUGCUGCAGAUGACCUUUUCAUACCAGGAGUCGGACCUGGUGGGUCAGUAUGUGCUAUGAAGUUUGAUGUAGAAAACCCUAACUUCAUUUUCACAGCUUCCAUCACGGGUCGAGUGAUGCGUCAAGAUUUUCAUGGAAAAAACAGCAAGAUUUUUCUAGACACCUUUACAUGGGAAAAGUGGUUUACAUCCCUUGAUGUUCUACAAUCAAAGAAGCUUAUAGCAGUAGGUGAUACUUCUGGGUGUCUAUAUCUUCUCGAUACUAAUGGAAACAUGGUAGGUUACACAGAUAUUAGCAGUCAUUUAUAUGAAGAUGUUAUUUAUAUAAGACAAGCUGAGACCUAUAGACUACUUGUAACUGCAUCCAUUGAUAAUACUGUCAAGCUUUGGGAUCUACGCAUGAUAAAAGACAGAAAAAGUGCAUUAUUCACAUUUCCUCACGAGAAGGCAGUAAAUUCAGCAUACUUUAGCUUAGCCAAUGGCAGUUCUCUUUUAACAACUGACCAACACAGUCAAUUACGGGUGUACUCUGGCCCACUUUGGGAACUAGAACAGGUUAUUGCUCACCCUCAUCGUCAGUUCCAACAUUUAACACCCAUAAAGGCUUGUUGGCAUCCACUAGAAGACAUUGUGGUUGUUGGUAGGUAUCCAGAUGAAGGGUUCUGUGCUGAAGAUAAACGGUCCAUUGAUCUUUUUGAUGGGCACAGUGGAACUUUACUCUUUCGGCUGCACAAUAGUGAAGUUCCUGGAAUAGUUUCU